AUGCGUGUAAAGACACAUGAGGGUUUGAUAAAAUUUGCAUUCUUCGCGCCCGUAACGGUUACCAGUUUGAUCUUCCGUUUCAGAUUCGGUUUCGGUUUUGGUUUUGGUUUCAGUUUCGGUUUCGAUCCAAUUCGUUUCCGCUUUCUAGCGGCCCCGUCUUUCGCUUCCUUUUCUUUUCUUGUCGGGUUUUUUCGGCCUUCUCGGGAUUUUUUUCGGUUAUGCGUUUAUCAUUAUGACGCCGGCCUCAACGGGCGUGCAAACCUACUCUGUUUUUCUGGUGAUGUCAGUGUUGUUGCAUCGCAUGAGAAACUAAAACCCGAAGAUUGGCAACUGGCCUGCGUAGGGACUGGUGCAUCCAGCCAACCAGCACAAUAUUCUGGUGUCACUUUUCUGGUGGUAGCGAGCACAAUAUUGCACAGCGUUUGGCAAAGGCGGCCUGCCGCACGCGAAGUCUAA